GAGAUAAGAAAUCUAAAAAAACUGAUAAGGAAACAAACUUUGACCUUCGUAAUGUAUUUACUUCAAUAUAAGUUGUUGUUAAAUGGUGAAAUACUCUAUAACACCGGGCUACUUUGUAAGAAUUGGUUGUUCCUUUGAUAAACAUACAAAAUGGCAAACGUUAUUCUUCUCCAAUCGCCGCCACCAAAGUUAGAAGACGUACAAAAGAAAGUGUUUAGCGCCGGAGCUUUAGAGUUUCUGGCUAAUUUACACAAGGAGUUCGAUGUAGAAAUCAACCAAUUGUAUGAGAAUCGACAAAAAAGGGCGGUGGAGUUGCAAUCGUGUCCAAAACUGGACUUCAAGAAAUCACCCGAGAGGUUGGAUAGAUCGUGGACUAUUGCGCCGUUGCCGUUGAGACUUCAAAAUCGUCAUUUAGAUCUCGGGGAUGUAUCUCCCACCAGCACAGCACAUUUUGUGUCCGCACUCAAAACCGACGUCCAAGGCAUCCAAGUGGACUUUGAUGAUGGACAUUGCCCGACAUGGCGCAACCAGCUCGUAGGCUAUCAGAACAUCUACUUGGCGGUGAACGGGAAGCUGCAGGGGGCUCCAAUGAGCAUCAGUAUGUGCCCUGGGCUUAUGCUGAGGCCAAGGGCUUGGAAUAUCAUUGAGCACAACAUACUGAUUGAUGGCAAAGAAGCAAUAGGGCCACUUGUAGACUUUGCAAUCCUUAUGUACCACAACGCUAAAAAGCUUCACGAAGCUAACAGCGGACCAUACUUCUAUCUAUCCAAACUAGAGGGCGCCGGCGAAGCCAAACUAUGGAACAGCAUAUUCGUUUGGGCGCAGAAACAGUUAGACAUUCCACAAGGAACCAUCAAAGCAUGUGUUUUGAUUGAGAAUAUUGUUUCAACGUUUGAAAUGGAGGAAACUCUUUAUGCUCUGAGGGAACAUUCUUUGGGGCUUAACUGCGGUAUCUGGGAUUAUUGUGCAUCUAUUAUUAGUAAAUUCGGCAGUCGCAAAGAAUUCCUGCUCCCCGACCGUAACAAGUACGUGAACAUGUCCCGGCACUUCCUGAGCUGCUACCUGCGCCUGGUCGUGGGCACGUGCCACGCACGGGGGGCGCCCGCCACGGGGGGCAUGGCCGCCUCUAUGAUCAAACCUGGCGCCACAGCCCAGGACAGAGAAUCCAAGGAGAUAAUAAAUAAGAUUCUGGAUUCAAAGCUUAAAGAAAUCGAGGCUGGAGUCGAUGGUUUCAUGGUGUAUGACUCGAGAGUUGUGCCCUUUGUUAAUGAGCUCUGGAACAAAAGCAGCUCAACCCCCAACCAGAUAUCCAAGCAGCUGUCCCUAAACAUAACUGCCCAAGACCUUCUAACCAUACCCAGCGGAGGCGUCACCAUACAAGGCUUGAAACAUAACGUGGCGGUCUCCAUACUAUUCAUAUACCACUGGUUGGCCGGCGUGGGGCAUUUCUUCUAUAGUGGCAAUGUGGAAGAUUCGGCCACUGCGGAGAUUUCGAGAACGCAGAUCUGGCAAUGGAUUCGUUUUGCGCCGUACCUAGAAGACGAUCCGAAGAAGCAAGUGACAGUCAAACUGGUAGAGAAAACCGCCGCGAGCUUCGCUGCUCACGCGCACAAGAACCUCUGCCGAUCUAACGCUGAGAAGAAGAGGCUCACAGCAGCGAGGUACAUGAGCAUGGAGCUGUUCCUGGCGCGAAGCCCGCCGGAGUUCAUCACGAGCUUCCUCAACGACAACCACAAGUUCAGGACGCUGCACAACAAGGCGCUGCUGAGCAACCUCUAACUUAACCUCCUAAGGCCCAACGUCCUACCUAUUGUACUUAUUCAGUUCAAUUAAAUUUAAAUCAUAUUCGAUUGGAACAGAGUUGCUUUUGCUUUGUUUCGUUCAGUUUUUGAACAACGCAAAAUCAACUUUAUUUCCUACAUUGUAGGUUCAAAUUUCUGUGGCAAAUUUUGCAUUUUUCAUUUGUAUGGCUGGGCCUAGGAGGAUAUUUACCUAUAGGCUUCGUGCAUGAACUAUAGGGGGCAGGAUAGGAGCCGUCAAAUUUUUGGCGCGAGGCGUAAAUGUUUAUGCUUCCGAUGUAGCCCACAAGAUGGCAGAAUCUACUAUGCACAACUUACCGACCAGAACGGUAGAUUAGCACUUGCUUUGGCAAUGUACAUGUGCACAUAUGUUUCCGAUUCAGGCCACAAGAUGGCAGACCAUCCAACGCGCACGGUCCCUAUAGGUGUGUAAGAUGAGGAAGGUUUCCAAAAUGUUGGAAAAGUACUGGACGCCUAGAGUCUGGCUAAUAAAAGAUGAACCUGAAAAAACGCGGCAAUUUCAAAUUUGUCCUUACUUACGUAAGCAAAACGUACAAGUACAACCUAUAAAAGGUCUCCUGUUCCAUUCUAAUUUGAACUUUGUGUUGACAAAAUAAAAUUUCAUUUUGCUUGGCAAGGUUUGACGUAUGGGCGGCUAGAGGGUAAGACCGGAAAAAAAUACAAAAUAAUGAAAAUAGUAUAAAGUAUCAAGAUUAUUCAAUCUUUGUAAUCGAAGAGUUGCCUGCUCGAGAAUUUUUGAAAUUGCCGCGUUUUUCAUCUUUCAUUACCAGACUUUACCUAGACCCAGGGCAAAUUUUUUAUUUAAAAGCAUUGACUUAUAUAUUACUUCGUAAAGACGGGCCUUACGAACACU